GAUGAUGGAUACGUCUGCUUUGAGCCCUUGCCAGAUUUUCGGUGUGUAGUGGAGAUUUUGGAGGCUGAGAUAGUGGGACGUACGUUACUUUUUUGGAGGAGAACACAGUGAGAGGCCACAUUUGGAAAAGUUUCACACACGCAUCGUUGAAAAUCACAACAGGUUGACCUGUCACCAUGACAACAGAAGCGGGCUCUGAGACAGAGGUGAAGGAGAAAGCCGAGGAGUCAGCCGCUCAGCCGGACCAAUCAGAGAAGGCAAAGGAAGAAACCCAGGAAGUACCCAACGCUGAAGGAGAGGAGAAGGAGAAAGAGAAGGAGAAAGAGGGGAAAGAGGGAAAAGGAAUAGCUCGAUACCUGCCAACAUGGCUUAAGAAGCAGAAGUCUCAGAGCCAGACCUCUCCGACCAAGGAGGUCCCACCCACAGAGGAAGCGGUUAGCAAGGUGACCCAGGGAGAGGACGGGCCGGCCCCAGAAGUCAACGGUCACGCAGAGGAAGAGGAGGAAGAGAGAGAGGCAGUAAAGUCUGAGCACGUGAAGGAAAAAGAAGCAGAAUCUCAUUCCACCGCCAGCGCAGACACUGAGCCUGCCAAGGAGGAGAAGCUGGAAGAGAGCGCUGAGAAAGUUCCAGACGAGACCACGGUGACAACAGAGGGAGAGGGGGCAGAGGAGCAGAAGAAGGAGCAAGAAGGAGAGGAGGAGGAGGAGGAAGAAGAAGGAGGAGGAGGAGGAGAAGAAGGCCACACCUCAAUUUUCCAGUCUCCUCUUCGUCUGGUGAGGAAGACCAAGAUGAAGCUGAUGGCGUGUCACGUGGCCCUCCUGGACGGGACCGACUUCAACUGCGAGGUGGAGAAACGUGCCAAGGGCCAGUACCUGUUCUUUAAGGUGUGUGAGCACCUUAACCUGAUGGAGAAGGACUACUUUGGACUCUUGUACACCGACAGCCACGAACAGAAGUGUUGGUUGGAUCCCACGAAGGAAAUCAAGAGACAGAUACGCAGUAACAACUGGCAGUUUGUAUUCAACGUCAAGUUCUACCCUCCCGACCCCUCACUGCUCACUGAAGACAUCACCAGGUACCUGUUGUGUCUGCAGCUCCGUGAAGAUGUGGCUUCGGGUCGACUGCCUUGCUCUUUUGUCACUCACGCUCUGCUGGGGUCAUACACGUUGCAGGCUGAAGUUGGGGACUAUGAACCCGACCAGCCUCGGCCUCUGGACAGCGUCAGUCAGCUGACCUUUGCGCCCAAUCAGAGCAAAGAGAUGGAGGAGAAAAUUCUUGAACUCCACAAGUCUCACAGGGGAAUGACACCAGCACAGGCCGACACCCAGUUUCUAGAAAAUGCCAAGAAACUGUCCAUGUACGGGGUGGACCUGCACCAUGCUAAGGACUCUGAGGGUGUGGACAUCAUGCUAGGUGUGUGCGCCAACGGACUCCUGGUUUACAAAGACAGGCUCCGGAUAAAUCGUUUCGCUUGGCCCAAAAUCCUCAAGAUUUCAUACAAGAGGAACAACUUCUACAUUAAGAUCAGGCCAGGAGAGACGGAGCAGUUUGAGAGCACGGUGGGAUUCAAACUCCAGAAUCAUCGAUCUGCCAAAAGGCUGUGGAAAGUCUGUGUGGAGAAUCACAGUUUCUUCAGGUUAAACGCUCCAGAACCUCCCGCCAAGGCCCGCUUCUUGACUCUGGGCUCCAAGUUCCGUUACAGCGGGCGUACCCAGGCACAGACCCGCGUGGCCAGCUCCCUCAUAGACCGACCUGCACCCAACUUUGAACGCACCUCAUCCAAACGUAUCAGCCGCAGUCUGGAUGGAGCGCCGGUGAUCAACAUAACUGAAGCCUCAUCUGAGAAUGGACGUGAGCCCCACCUGGAGCUCCACUCUGACUCUAAGGUUAAGGAGGUGGACUUGAGCCCUAGUGAUGCGGAAGCCACGCCCACCCAGUCACUUGGAGCCAGUGAGCUCGCCCUCUCUCAGGACCAUGAUAAGACCCAGGAAGACGUUCUGAAACACCAAGCUAGCAUUAGCCAGCUAAAACGCUCCUUUAUGGAGGCGCCACCUCCCUCUCCUCCUCAGCCCAACCAGUGGGAGAAACGUCUCACCUCCUCUCCCGCCACGAUACGUAUUCAACAGCAACAGCAUGUGGAGAGUGCGCCCCAAGCUGAAGCAGCUGCUGCCGAUAACACGAUGUCUGAUACCAAAGAGCCUGCAAAGACAACCGAAGUUGAAAUUGAGGAAACCGUUGUCGUCCAAGAGGUUUCCAUAGCACCCAAACCUGGGCUUGUCACGGUUACGACCAGCUCUCCUGCUGGCCCGCCUGCAGAGCAGGAAACAAGAGAGCAGGAAGUGACAGUCGAAGAGGAAGUAGCGGUAGCGGAGGAAGCAAAAGUGUCGAAGCAGGAGAGCGUUUCAUCUGAGAGCGACAGUGAAGAGGAAGCGGAGUACCAUCCAAAUGUCUCCGUGUCCAUCUACCACACCCAAAUACCAGAGGAGAAGGAAGAGGAGGAAGAGCAGGAGGAGGAAGCGGAGGAUAAGACGGCGGCGGAGCAGGGCAUGUCGGCUCCAGACGCUCCUUCCCUUCCAGCAGAAGUCAGCCAAGCUGUGGAGGCAACCAGUCAAGAGGUAGAGGAGGACGCAGAGAAGAGGAAGAACGCGGAGGAGGAGAAAGAAGCUGAGAGGGAGAUGGAGGAAAGCGCCGAUGAUCCAAUGAUGACACCUGAGGAAGCUCCUAACGGGCACGCCCUGCCUGAGGAGAGCGCCACCGGGAUGGUCGACCCUGCGGAGGAAGAGGAAGAGCCUAAAAUGAACGGAGAAGCCUCACUGGCUGAAGCAGAACCCCGGCCACAGGUUAUUUGUUGCUCUGAGCCACCUGUGGUAAAGACAGAAAUGGUGACUAUAUCAGACACGUUUGCAGCCCAGAAAACUGAGAUAGCUACAAAAGAAGUGCCCAUCGUACAUACGGAAACCAAGACCAUCACAUACGAAGCCGCACAGUUGGAUGGUAAUAGCGAUGGCGAGCCUGGAGUGUUAAUGACCGCUCAGACAAUCACCUCUGAAUCUCUGUGUACUACUACAACCACACACAUUACCAAGAUGUUAAAGGGUGGCCUAUCUGAGACGAGGAUCGAGAAACGCAUCGUCAUUACUGGUGACUGUGACAUCGACCACGACCAGGCACUGGCCCAGGCCAUUAAGGAGGCCAAAGAGCAACAUCCUGACAUGUCUGUUACCAGAGUGGUGGUUCAUAAAGAAACUGAACUGGCUGAGGAGGAGGAUUGACUGAACUCAGAGUUAAAGGGCCCAUCGUGACGGUUUUCUCUGUUGACGUCGAACGACCUCCAUCACCCUACAACAACCAACCUUUACUGACUGAAGAGGAAGAGCUGAAAAACGGAAGGCGAAAGAGGCUAGACAAACGGGGAGAAGUUGCCAAUCUCUUCCCAGUCGGUCUUUCUUACACGUCUGUGGUGCAUCUAAAUCCGUCACUCCAAAACCAAGACAAAAAAAAUAAUAACAUCCUCACUUUUCCCAAGGGAACGAAAAAGAACCACUUUGUUAGCUUAACAUUUGUAGCGUGUUUUUAUUUCUUAAUAGUGUUUUUAUUUUUAUUUUUUAACUGUUUUACAAAAAGAGAGCUAGUGUGUCUGUCAUGUAUUGCAAACUUAAAAGCUGCAGGGAUGCACCGAUCCAACCAAUCCUGAUGAGAUGCAAGGCUGAAAAAAUGAUUAGUGUAUCAUUGUACUGAUUAUUUCACCAGUAACGGUGGCCGUUCAAUAACUUAUUCACUCACUCAAAAGUCAAAGAAAAUUGAGCUUUUUUCAUAGAUUUAAAAAAAAUAAAAAUAAAUGCUUGCAAUCUCAAAUAGAGAACUCUUUUAUCUUCCAUCAUUCCUGUUAAAAAGUACUUAAUUUGACGCUAGAGUUUUGUACUUUUUCUGUUUUGUAUCUGCCGUGGAAAGUGGUAUUGGUGCAUUCCUUAAAACAAAAAAAGUAAUUUGUUAAAUUACAGCUCCCCCCCUCAUUUCAUUAUGGUGUAAAUGGAGAGUACCACAAUGUAACAGUCAUUUCAAAAUGUUUACAGUGACAAGUAGGACUUUUUCAAAGCGUUACAAAAUCAAACCAUAAACCCCCUUCACAGCAGGAUGAAUGGUAGAACCAGCUGUGUCACAUUAUCCCAUUUUGUUACGAACAAUUACAGAAAACGGGGAGCUGUAACUUAAAGUAUUGCAGUGAAAAAAGAAAUCAACCAGGUUUUUGAAUUUAUGAUGAUCUGUCUUUUUUUUUUUUCUGUAAGUGUAGUUAUCAUUCAUCCACAUUCCUUGUGCGUUGACUAGUGGCUGAGUGAGUUCAUUUUCAGUUCAUUUCACUUUUUACUCAACUCCAAGAAAAGAUUGUUCAUUAACCGGUGGGACUGAAAGGAAUCUUAAUUGGGUCAGUUAAUUAAGCUCGAGAAGCCAAAUGAUGCAGGUGGAAUUAAUUCUUUGUGAUAUAUUUGUAAGUUUUACUGUAUUUUAGAAUUUAGUUUUUUACGAAAUGGACUGAAAAUGAACUGACUUUAAAGCUGGUGCAUACAACUUUUUGUACAGUAAAAAUGAAGUUUAUUAGAUGGGAGCAGUAAUGCAGCUUUUCACUAGCUAAACGCUGUCCCUGGGCCCGUCCACUGUACGACACUAGCCAUUCCUGUUGGGCCACAGGGGAAGCAAGGGAGCAGUAAACUGACUUUUGAUUGGGAGAGAGGACCAGUAAACUGAGGGACAAAUGGGAGAUACAGUAGAGGUGGCGCGGUCUGUGUAGUGCCAACUAACCUACAACUUGGGAGCGAAAAAAGAAUUUGAUGCGUAUCGGCAAGUUUCACUCAUGGUGUUCUCUACCCUGAAGUGAGCUAAAGCGGUUUUUAAUAUUCUUCGGACAAUGCUUAAAACGCAACUUAAAAUUCAAGCAAAGGUACCAAAAUGAAAAAACAACAACUUAGAAAAACUUUCAGAAUUCAGAAUGAUGGAAUUUCUACCAGUUUGCUAACCCUGCAUCAAAGUUUGUCGUCAUAGUUCAGCGCUUAAUUUCACUCCGACGCUUAUUUUCCUACCGGAUUAGAUAAUGCCAACAAACCUUGCUAGAUAUAAUGAGAUCAAUUCAGCAGGUCUUCGCGCAUUUCUAUCUUGCAGGAGUAUCCUGAGCAAGUCUAGAUAGAAGGCUACUGUGUUGAUUGCUUUGAGAGUGCGUAGAUAACCGAUUAUCUCGGCUCAUACGGUGCGUCUAGAUGAGAUUAUCGUACACCUGACGCCGGCUGUGUUGUAACUGUUUCACCGCAACCAAAUAUUCUUCAGCAUUGAAGUGAUUUUUAUACGUUUUUGAACCCGUUUUUCAAAAUGACAUUCAGUCGUAUUCUACAUUUUUCUACCACAUACACUCUGAAUCUGCCAGUACACUACAAACAACUCGCGGAAACAGUUACAACAUGACCGUAAAGAAAAAUGCAGCUUAAAGGGAAGUGUAUUCGAGGGUUUGAAGUGCUCUUGAAACCCCUAAAUGGAAUCUUGUGAUGUUUUUAUUCAUUUUUCGGUGUCCUUUCACCCAAAUCUUCCACAAAAAAUGUGACUUUGUGUAAAUAUGGGUGGCAUUAAAUGGGUUGGAAUAAGGUGCUUGGUCUUAACGCAUUUAGUCGACACGGAUUUUCAGCGUGAGCUGCGAAAAACAAACGCAUUCUCCUGAAAUGGAACUGACUGUAAGCAAAGAAGUGCCACAGAUUAAUAUGAAAACAUUCCACCUGUACCUGCCUAGAUUUGUCUUGACCCUCCAGCCUGACAGGACAGAGAGGCAUUUUGAAUUGGAGUCAUUUUUCUUUUUUUUUUUUCUAAAUGAAGAAAUAUUAA